UUUAGCAACCCUUGUGGUAGCUAUCACAGAGAAAUUAUUUUGUUGCUAAAAUGGAUUUCUUAUAACGUCACUUUAGAUCUAUUUAGGUUAAUUUAGCCUUAAAUAUUAAUUGCGCAAUAAAAUCACUGUAAAUUUCAAAUUAAAAGCUUGAAAAAAAGCUUCAGUAGUCUUCUAUCAAAAAUAAACACAGAAUAAAUUUGGCGUCCUUUCGAAAGUUUCAAUAAAAAACCUCCUGUGUCACUUCAAAAUUUUAAUAUGGAUAUGAACGAGUUCGAUGUAGAUCUUCGCUUAGACGAAGAUUUUUUAUUCAUUUUCAAUUUCUCAAAGGACAUUUUGACAAAUUUGACGGAACGGCCGCAGGAAAACGAGCUUUGUCAGCAUUGGCUAGCGAAACUUUGCAUGGAAAGAGUUGAAGGAUUGCAUGCUAAACGUCUGAGGAAUAAUUAUUUGGUUCGACUUUUAUCAUUCCUACGAGAGGGCAAGUUGGCCGACCCGUUCCUAGUACCUCCGAAGGAUGGACCUCUAGAACCUUUGCCAGUCAUUGAAAUCACGGAUAAGGAGCCACCAUGGCUGAAGCAACUGAUAGCUGAGUCGGAACAAGAAACGGAUUACGAAGCCGCUAAAGAUUGUCGUCUGUAUUUAAAUACAAAAGUAUUCGACGAAAAUCGUGGAGCUUGCGCUUAUUUGGCGAUAUCUGUAGCUGACGAAGGAAACGUGCCACAUUGGAUUCAAACAGGCGACACAAGCGGAUUUGAAGAGCAUCUGAAAGAGGUACUAAAGGCAUUGAAUUUAUCCAUUAGUGGAGUUAAGGAUGAAUCGGAUGUUAGCGAAUACGAUGACGCAAAACAUAGAGAUUUUGUCCAAUUUAUUGUGGAUGCUAUUGGUAUGGAGUUGUCCGGAAUGGUAGACCCAGAAACGCUACCAACUCUUGAAUGUUUUCUGGAAAAAUUCAUGGACGGCAUCAAGGAUACGUCGUUGAUGAAGGAAAUUGAAAAGGUGUCGAAACCUCAACAGAGACAUUGUCUAUUAGUGCAAUUGCAGAGUUUCCUGAUAAAUGGACUUUUGAGUUAGGUAUAUUAUAUGUCUAGAAAUGAAUGUUCUUAUUAGAUUAUUAGGAAUGACAGUUGUCAACAACUGAGCAAAUAUUCAAUUUUUAUUUAUGAACAUUGGCCACAAAUCCGUGUAUUAUGUAAAAUAAUUCUUCUGUGUGAGCAGUCGGCCGAGGAAUAUUUCGCCUUUUGGUAUGUGUCGCUGCUACUAUUUGUUGGUGCAUUAAAUUGAAAAUUAGGGUCUUUACGAAUUAGUCAUUUAAGAAGAAACUAAGGACGUUCAUAUAUAUAUGGUGUAUAAUUUCAAUAGUGUGUAUAAAUCUAUAAUAAAAAUUUCAAUUUAAAAACCGC